UGGCUCAUUAGUUAUAUUCAUAGCAAAGAAGUGACUGCUAACUUCGAGAUUUUAUUUUUUAAAUUCGGUAUUAGGAAGGGCAAAGCAAACCCUUUAUUGCAGGAAAAGUCAGGAAAAUUCUGAAACCUGACUAUUGAAUCGAAGAAGCAGAUUUCAUUUGAUCUUCUGGGGUCGCUUCAGUUUUAUUUUAUCUUGCUUCAAAUUUUGUCCUCCCUUUUUACUGACUGCUAGGAUGGGUGAGCUGGCAGUUGAUAAGCAUGUUGAAUACAUUAUAUCUGUUGAAAAGAAAAAUGAUAGUUUUGAAUAUGUGGUCAUGGAACACUUGAGAAUGAAUGGAGCCUAUUGGGGAUUGGCUACUCUAGAUCUUCUAGGAAAGCUUGAUGUAGUGGAUUCAAGUGAAGUAAUUGAUUGGAUCAUGCAAUGCCAACAUGAGUCUGGUGGGUUUGCUGGUAAUAUUGGACAUGACCCCCAUAUUUUAUAUACCCUGAGUGCUGUACAAGUUUUGGCCCUUUUCAACAAGCUAAAUGUUCUUGACAUUGAUAAAGUUUCAAACUAUGUUGCUGGGCUGCAAAAUGAAGAUGGAUCCUUUUCCGGAGACAUGUGGGGUGAAGCGGAUACAAGGUUCUCUUAUAUUGGUAUUUGCUGUCUCUCUUUAUUACAUUGUUUGGAUAAAAUAAACGUGGAAAAAGCUGUGAACUACAUCUUAAGCUGCAAAAACGUUGAUGGUGGAUUUGGAAGCUCUCCUGGUGGAGAGUCUCAUGCCGGACAGAUUUUCUGCUGUGUGGGAGCUCUUGCUAUAACUGGGUCUCUGCAUCAUGUGGACAAGGACCUGCUUGGAUGGUGGUUAUGUGAGCGGCAAGUCAAAUCUGGAGGUCUGAAUGGACGCCCUGAGAAACUUCCAGAUGUCUGUUACUCUUGGUGGGUUCUUUCUAGCUUAAUAAUGAUUGACAGAGUUCAUUGGAUCAGCAAGGAAAAGCUUGUUAAGUUUAUCUUGAAUUGUCAGGACACGGAGAAUGGAGGAAUUUCAGAUAGACCUGAUGACGCGGUUGAUGUAUUCCACACAUAUUUUGGAGUAGCUGGUCUUUCACUUCUAGAGUAUCCUGGAUUGAAAGCUACAGAUCCAGCUUAUGCUUUGCCUGUUGAUGUUGUGAACAGGAUCUUUCUUGGAGGGGCACUGAGAAAGAUGAGGCGGGUCUUUUCAGAAAGGCUCUGCCAUUUAAACAACAAAAUGCUCUAAUUCGAGAUGUGCAGGAACUUUACAGUAAACUAGUUUCAGAAUUUUUUUUUUCUUUUUUACAUGAUUUAUUACCUUGAGAUGUUGGACAAUCUUUUUCAUAUUUUCUAUGUAUUCAGGAAGUGGAACAUGAGGACUAAAACCUGUUGAGAGAGGUUGGACUGAAUCGUUGCCUCCAAAGUACACAAUAGCAAGUGCAGGUUGUACAGGGGCAUUCUUGAUCCAAAUAAGUAACAAACACAAUAUUAAACUUCUAUAUAUAUAUACACACAUUUUUAAGGUUCA